AUGUGGGCACCAGAACAUGAAAGCAUGGAGUUGCCGGUUAUUGAACCAAUUGAUGAUCCAGAGAAGCUUCUUGCGGAGAUCACCGAAUGUCUGGAGCAAAAGGACAGUCGAAGCCUCAAGACCUACAUCCUUGAGCACAAGACAAAAGCUGAGAGCAUUUUCUGGGAGCUGAUUCUCAGAAUUGGCAAGUGUAUUAAUGCAGAAACCUACGAGCGUCAUUCAGAGUUUUUUGAUGUUUGCUGUCGAUCCCUCAUGUACCUAGUCAAGGUUGGCAACCCCAAGGAGACUCUCCUGGCUCUUCUGGAGCAGGUGGACACAUUUAUCGAUGACGUGAAAUUCAAGAACUUUCUCCCACCUAUUCAGACAGCUCUCUUGAAAAUUCCGACAAAGCUGUUCCAUUCUCUUGAUAUCACUUUAGAAACGGUGUCUUCUCAUUUGAGGUCGCUGGAACUGCCCGAAAACACUCAGUUGGAAGGAGAUAAAGUGAAAGUCUUUCAUGCGGACAAAAUCGUGAUCAGACUGGCAGAUAUUUUAUAUGUCUACUUGAAAUUCCUGGAACCUUUUGUGAACGCAGUUGUUGUUCAUUUAGAUAUGACAGCCGCUGCGAGGAAAGAAGCACUUGUUCUGAAAAAACAUCUGAUUCGCUUGUUUGAGCAUCCCUUGUGUCAUCUAGUUCUGACCUAUGACCCUUCUUCGGAUAAAGCUAAAUCUGAUAGUCGGAUUUGUGCAGAGCUAGCUGUAUCUUUGCUUACAAAAGUGGAAACAGAUUUUCAUAAGCUGAUGAAACAUGCCAGAAUAAAAAACAGAGCAGAAAGUACAAUUAAAAAGGCAAACAAUGACAAGCAAACUAAGGGCAAGAAAGGUUUGGCUCAGGAAGAAUAUGAAAACCAAGAAAAUGAAACCAAACUGGCCAGCUCAAGUUUGCCAAAAGAUGCAGUGACCGACAUAGUAGAUGCCUGGGACUUCCAGAUGGAGAUAGCUCCCUUGGCUAAGGCAUGUUUAGCCUAUCUGAUCCAUGUGGAACAGCUUGGCCUGUCAAAGUACCCUGCAGUCUACACUCGUGAAUAUCUCCUCGACUUCUACUUGGAGACCAUCUCUGUUCUACUGAAAAACACAGUUUACCCAGUCAACCACAAGGGUCUCCUCUUGCUGAAAGCUCUCACAGAGUUGGUGCCCCAGCAUUCUAUUUCUGUUGAUUACCUCGACAACCCAGGUUACCUGACGGUCAUCAAUGAUCUCAUACAUAUCAUGAUCAAAUGCCCGGUUAAAGAUCACCGGGUCAUGGCCACAACACUGUUCCCAGUAUUCAUAAAUAGAUUCGUAGCUGCCGGGCGGUUCCAGAUCUACCAAAGCAUUCUCAGUUCUUGUGACCAUUCAGGAUUGAAAGGAUACCUGAUCACACUUUUGAAGAAUGACAUUAGUGAUAAUCUUAGACAAGCUUUGUCACAGAUUGCUUCAGAGAAAGGGGAUGAAAGGGGAAGUAAAGAUGAAACCGGCACAGUCUCUGAACAUUUUAUUGGGAAAAGACUUGAGAAGCUGCUCAAACUUGCACUAGCACUUCCGGAGCAAGAAACUACAGACAUCCUUGAGAAUUCAGAUCAGAUCAUUUCCUCACUGAAUCUUCUCCGUUUUUUGAUUCUUGCUGAUCCACCAGAAUCAAAUAUCACAGGCUUCUGGAAUCUUCUACCAAACAUAGAGAAAGAUUUCUUGUCCCCUCUUCGGCGCGGACUUGAUCUUAGCAGAGCACACUACGUCCUGGAACUGGAUACAAUGAAAGCAGGAAAGAAGUCUGAUGGGAAGGGAGCCGAGGUAACUUGCAGCGUGGAGGGGAUGACACUGCCAAUGGUUGAGGAGAAGGAGAAAGCCGAGUUACUCGGGAAAGCUGUGAAUACACACGAUGUCAUAUUGAGUCUGCUUGCCAGAGUGUCUGAACUUGUUGAUCAGCAGAAGCGACUGACUAAAUAA